GGGGCGGAGGAGCGGGGCGGAGGAGCGCGGCGGGCCGGGCCGGGCCGGGCCGGGGGGCAGAGCGGGGCCCGCAGCGAGGCGGAGAUGGCGUCGCAGCCGCCGCCUCCCAAGCCCUGGGAGAACCGGCGGCUGGCGGGCACGGUGGCGCCGGCCUUCCAGUCUGCUGACUUGGGCGACAACCUGCUGACCAGGCCUGGACAACCCACAGUUGCACGAAUACCUCCACCUAUUUUGCCAAGACCAUCACAGCAAGCGGGAAGCAGUAGUCUGAGCACUUUCAGGCCAGCGUAUACUAGUUCUUUUUCUCCGGGCUAUGGUUCUUAUGGAACCUCUUUUUAUGGAAGCUAUAGUCCUUACAGUUAUGGAUAUGGUGGCUUGGGUUAUAACCGCUUUCGUACAGAUGAUAUUCCUCCCAGCAGGUUUGUUCAGCAGGCUGAAGAGAGCAGCAGAGGUGCAUUUCAGUCCAUUGAAAGUAUUGUGCAUGCGUUUGCCUCGGUCAGCAUGAUGAUGGAUGCUACCUUUUCAGCUGUGUACAACAGCUUCAGAGCUGUCUUGGAUGUAGCCAAUCACUUCUCCCGCCUCAAAGUACACUUCACAAAGGUGUUUUCAGCUUUUGCCUUGGUGAGAACUAUAAGAUAUCUCUACCAACGUCUACAACGAUUACUAGGUCUACGGAAGAGCUCUGAGAAUGAGGAUUUGUGGGCUGAAAGUGAGGGGACAGUAGCUCGCGUUGGCCUCGAAGACAAGGCGGCUAACUCUGCAAAAUCCUGGCCCAUUUUCUUGUUCUUUGCUGUUAUAAUGGGAGGUCCCUAUCUGAUUUGGAAGCUGCUUUCUACAUACAGUGACGAAGAAACAGCAGUAUCUAGUAACUGGGCGAGUGGAGAAGAUGAUCAUGUAGUUGGAAGAGCAGAAUAUGAUUUCAGUGCUCUCUCAGAAGAAGAAAUUUCUUUCCGUGCUGGUGACAUGCUAAAAUUAGCACCCAAAGAACAACAACCCAAAAUCCGUGGUUGGCUUUUGGCUAGUUAUGAUGGCCAAACAACAGGACUUGUGCCAGCUAAUUAUGUCAAAAUCCUGGGCAAAAGAAGAGGUAGGAAAACAGUGGAUGUGGAGAGGAUUACAGAGCAACGGCCAGCCUUUACCAGCACAUCUGUUAGAGGAUCCACUGCUACUGUGACUUUAGAGGAACAGGAAGCUGCUUUUGAUUCUGUUUUUGCUGGAAGUAAUAAAGUUCCUGUUGCGUCUGACUCCACUGUGGUUAGUGGAGAGAAACAGGAGCUCUAACGCACUUACAUCAACAAAGCAACUGAACUGUGCUUUAUUGAGAAAACAUAGGGUUUGUUGAAAAUCUGUACUGUAGCGGAACACUGAUGGGUCUGUACCAGUUAUUGCUGCUACUGACUGGUGAAGGGAUGGAGAAAUGAUUGCUCAAAUUUGUAGUAUUUAUUUUUGACUCACCUAAGGCUGUACAUUAGUGACUCUACCCAACCAUGUGGCAGCAGCUCGAAGAUUCUUGAGAUGAGGAGAAUCUGAAGGCAUUUCUAACAAAGCAAACAAAUGAAAAAAUAGGGACUGCCGGCCUAUUCUUGUUAAGGAGACAAACUGUUGGUGAAAUCUGGAGAUUAACAUCCAGUCUUCAUUGGAAUGUCGCCUUGACAAGAGGCUUCUCCAAUAGAUGUGCAAAGGGAAGACAGAUUUCUGUAAGAUGUCCUCCAAAACUGGACGCUGAGGACCAUAAAACAGUGAUAACGCGUUGCUUCCCCCUGAAAGGAGAGAGAAUUGCAAGAGAUUUAGAUGACACAACUGAAUCAUUAGAAGUUCUAAGCUGCUUGCUUUUCGUAAGAAGCAGGGCUUCUGUCAGAAAGACCUUACCCCUAAUAAAAAAGGGGAGAGAAAUACAGUUACAAAGGAAGAGCAGUGAGGCUUCAGCAAGUAGUUCUAACCAGUUCUCUUUUGUUUAUUAAAAUGACAUUAGAAUGAAGGGUAUCCUGCAGUCAGGCACUUUCCAGCACACUUAUUAAUCGUUAUUCCCUUCUGUGGUAGACUAACUUUGCAUCACUCCUAGCCAUUUUGUGUUGGAGCCUGUUAACUGCCUAUCAAUAGUCUGUCAGCUACCAUCCGCAUCUCUACUUAUUUCUGUUCUUUAUUGUUUUUGUAGGAAUCUCAAAAUAUCUCUCCUGCCUUUUAGUGCGGUAGGAAAGCAUUGGGUUUGGGGAAGUUUAAUGUAACUGGAGCGGCCAAGAAAAAGUAGUGUUUCUUGCUUAACUGUCACGGUUAGCAAAGGUCUCAGAGUUAGCUCUUUUUGCUGCCUUUCAGGUGGUAAAUUUUGCAUCUGCCCAUAAAAUUUGAGGGCUCUGAUUUAUCAAAAGCCAUAAAAACAUUUGCCCGUUGCAAAGUAUUUAGUAUUUUCUUCAUAUUGGUGUUUGACAAUUCUGUAUUGAAAUACUGUUUGGGUUGUUUUUUUUUUUUUUUAAUGAAGCAAAGAUAAUUAACACUUUUUUCCUUUUAGUAUAUAUGUAUAACAUGUUGAGCUUCUGAAGAUUAGAGCAAUGGAUAAAAUAGCUAAAGCUUGUCUUAAUCAUUAAAAUAGCUUUUCUUUUAAAGGUACUCAAAACUAUUAGUGAAAGUAGGGCAUGUGCCUUUGCUUAAUUGAUCCAGUAGUUUCAGUUUGACUGUUUCUACAGAGAUCUGCAACACUCAUUAUGUGUUAGCAAAGCUUUAUACUUUAAUUGCAUUUGCUGGCCUUGAGUUCUUAGAAUUCUGUUCACCCCCAAAAAAAUAACUCUGACAAGAAAAAUUGAAGUGAGCACAGUUUUAUUGAGGUAGGGCGGCUGAAAAGAUGGAUACUGUGCUGGAACCUUGGAUUUUAAAGUAAUCUCUGAAUGCCCGUUGUUGAUAAUUAGAGGAAGAAUUUAACUUGGUGGUGCUCAGGUACUGGGAGAUGGUGCGAAGAAACAUUUUUACUUGAUUGUUAGAUCUUCAAGUGCGGAGGAAAAGGAAAGAGUAGUUAAAGGGCAAAUGAGAAAUUUGAAACUAGGUUUCCUAGGUUUAAAACAGAACAUGUUCCUGAGACAUCUCCCUCUGUACCAGGGCAUUGAAGAAAAUUACCUAUAUUUGGAAACGACAUCUGUUGUUGAAAUAAAAAUAGCAAACAAUCCGGAAAUACAAAAUAUAAAGAGGAAAAAAAGGGGGGUGGGAGUAUCAAGUUUACAGUUCUGCUUACAGUGUGUAUUCAUGGAGGGAAUUCAUUUACUGUUGUGAAAUUUAAUUAAUGGACUGUCAGCCUCUCUUGCGUCAGUGAAAUAUUUCAAUCAGAGAAAUGGUCUUUUAAAUAAAUGAAUAAAUAAACCCCAAACUUUUUGCAGAGUAUCCAUUCAAGUGGACUUCUGUUUUCCGGUUCAGAACAAGUUGGGAAGACAGUACCAUGGUGUUUUUUAGAAUCUUUAAAUCUUACUAAUUUUUAGAAAGAUAUUUUGAAUUUCACUUUCAGGUCAUACUAUUUUGAAAACAAUUCUUUUAGUAGGAAGAUAGGUUAUCAAUAACUUAACUGACUGCCCUUUAUAGUAGUUUGACUUAGUCUACCGAUCACUAACCGUCAUAACUGUAUCUGCUAAAUCUUCACAAGAAGUUUGAUCAUUUCAAUCUUGUGAUUACUUUAAUGGGAAAAGGCGGCUCUGAGGAAAUGAAUUAUUUAAGUCACAAUUAAUUGUACUGAUUGCAGAAGGGUAUUAAAAUCCAUUGAAGUAAAAUAUAUACUGUGCUUUCAGAUUUUGGUUUUUUUUUUUUUUUUUUUAAAUGCACAAACUAGCAUCAGGAAAUAAUGCGAGUGCUACAGUGUCAUUGUCUAUGUUUCUGCCCAUAUGUCAGGCUGCAGGAAAAAAACAACCCGCCUAACUGAAUGCUGCUUGAAAAAGGGAGGCUGGCUGAGAGGCGGCUCAAGACUUGCCCAGCUUUAGAGAGGUGAGAACACUAGGAGCAGGUGUGGCUGCAGCCAGAGUAUGUAGCAGAGGAGAUGAGAAAAGAGAUGCUGUUGAAAUAUUGCUAAACUCAUGCAUUAGGCAAUUGACUCUUAUUUUAAGAUCUGUACAUACUCAGUUACCUUUACGUUAUUCUUUGGAACUACUUAUAUACCUGUAGCAGACCUAGAAGUCUGUAGCAGACCUAUGACGUUUGUUUAUAUAAGGCUUUUGUUUAAUCUUACUUUAAUCUUGCUGUUUAGUAUCCCAACCAUUUUAUGCUUGAAUGCUGUCCGAACUAAUGGCAAACGCCAGUUUUAACUGGUUCUCUGGGUGCUAGCAAUACGUGAACAUGCACACGUUCAAAGCUUUGUUCGGGUUUCUGAAUAAUAAAUUUAAAAUAUUCUCUCUGUCCAGCAGAACUUAAUUAAAUUGCCUGCUUCUCUUGCACAGGUUCAAAAACCCCUUCCUUCUGGGGAGAUAGACUGCAGCUGAGCUAGUAAGAUUGUCUGGACUUAUUUGGUGAUCUUGGUGAAAUUUGCUAGUCAGGUAAAUACAAAGAAAAUACAGUUUCUUAUAAAUCUGUUUGCAGUGAAACUUUUCCAGAAACCAAGACAUUGAUUUUCUUGAUGCACCAUAACCAUUGUAGAAACACUCUUGUCCGCAAAAGUAGCGGAACCACACUUAUUUUACAAAAAGCGUAGAUAAUACAAAAGCGUAUGUUUUUAUGUAGCUCCUUCCAGUUUGUUUAACGCAUGCAGGUGUGGCCGUGUGUUGGGACUGACCAGUGGUUUUGGCCUGUAGUGACAGGCAGCGAUUGCGUGUGACACAAUGGGGUGUUUUUCACCCUUGUGCGCUGGGACUGGUUCUUCCGCAGACUGUUUUGGAGCAAGUUUGGGCUGAUAAAUCCGUCUCCUGGAUUCCCUGGGCAAACCAGUCACAGCCUUUGAGCAGCUGGAUAAUCUCUCCUCGUGCUCGUGUAACCGGUUUAACUAGUACCAGGAGCGCGUGAUGUCAAUGCGAAACACCCCUGGACCCCUCUUACCUUACAGGUUUUAAUGCUACUUUUGAGAUACUGAAGUUCCCUAAAUUUCACAGGAGUUACAAAACUGUAAGACUUGGGCAAAUGACGUGGUUUAUUUAUGCUGUCAAAGGGCACCUUUACAGUUUUUUUCACUUUAGAAAUGAAAAUGCUUUAAAUGUUAAGAGCUAGUUCCACUACCUUUGAAUUCUUACAAACUGAACAAACAUAGUCUCUAGACUAGGGAGGUGGGGUUUUUUCCUCAAGUACUGAUACUGGUGGUUUUUUCUCCUAUCUGAAAAAAAGGGACUGAAUUUCUGCCGAACAGCUCAGGUUGAUUCAAAAACUGUGUUGCCACUUCAUCAAGCCUGCAUUUAUAGUGCAA